AUGAGCACUUCGAAUUCCCUCCUGACCGUGAGUAGGUUCCUUGGAGUGGCUGCGUUGGGAAAAAGAGGUCCCAUCCGGUGGAUCCACUGCGUCUGGUGCCUGUCUCUGGUCUGCUACGUCUGGAUUGCUAGCAUCUAUAAAUGCCUGAGCUUCAAGUCCGCAAUGCCAACUAUUGAAAAGAUUCUUUAUCUAAUGGAAUUCCCUGGUAAUAUGGCAGUAACUGGAUUUCUGGCUUAUUAUGCUUUAAGAAAUCGUCCUUGUGCCCAGGACACAGAGCUGCAGAUUCAUCGCUUUGUUGGUGGACUGGAAUCCAAGGUUGCUAAACUUAUCUAUCGGAGACAUUGCCAGAGGAGCCUUCAGCUUGUAUGGGUGGUAAUAGCCUUUCAUGUUCUUUGCGCCCUGGUGGACAUUGGAACCUUUAACUUCGACUGGUGUGCAACUGCUUUUAGUAACAGCAUCUACAACCUGCCAGCUCUGAUGAUGAGCUUGGGCAUACUCCAGUAUGUCCAACCCGUCCAUAUACUGGGACUUUUGCUGGAGAACUUAAGGAUGCGCCUGGAGGAACUAAAGCUACACCAGAGACCACCGAUUAGUGCCACCAAAUUGGACGCCGACUACGAAGCCGCUUUUGGAGUUCUUGUGGAUGCGGGCGGUUGUUCAGGUCUACUUCUGGAGGAGUUGCGCACCAUGUGCUAUACCAUAGACCAACUGCACAAAAAGCUGAUGGACAAGUUUGGAAUAUUCCUGCUGCUGAACUUUGCCAACUCCCUGACCAGCUUCUGCGUGGAACUCUAUCUGGUUUUUAAUUUCUUCGAGACGCCUCUCUGGGAGGAGUCCUUGUUGCUAAUUUAUCGACUGCUCUGGUUAUGUAUGCAUGGUGGUCGUAUUUGGCUAAUCCUGGCGGUCAACACAUGGAUUUUAGAACAGAAGUGUCAUCUUUUCCAACUGAUAAAUGAACUGGAGGUGUGCAGUUCCCAUUUGGAGCGCAUUAUUAAUCGUUUUCUGUUUCAAUUACAAACUAGUCUGAGCCAACCCCCGGAGGCAUGUGGAAUCAUUCCGCUGGACACUCUUGAAGUGGGUGGGUUCAUCGGAGUCCUGAUGGCCAUUGUUAUAUUCCUGAUUCAAAUCGGCCUUGGAAAUAAAUCGCUAAUGGGAGUGGCCUUGAACAGAUCCAACUGGGUGUAUGUUUGA